UGCCUCCACCAUUUCUUUUCCGUUUCAUUCGUUUUAUUAGUCGUUAGAGACGUCGACACAUUUCUUUCCUUCUCUAAGCUAAAACUAAACAAAAGACGCACCACUCCAUUCCUUCGAUUCUUUCGCACUUUUGCUGCCAUCCUGUGCAUAAUAAUUUAUGCAACUCUUUUGAAUUGUUCGGGAAAGGAGUCCGGAUCAAGAGAAAAAACUCUGAGAAAAAACUUUUGAUGGGUUGGUUUCCAUGCUCUGGACAAUCUCAUUCCAAGCUUUCAUCAAAGAAGAAGAGGAAGAUUAAGGACCCACUUCAUCCUAUUCAGCCUUCUCCAGAGAAGUCGAAGGUAAAUGCACCAUUAAAUUCGCAGGUAAACAGCAAGGAUGGAGGGUCCAACCAAAUUGCAGCCAAGACUUUUGCAUUUCGUGAAUUAGCUGCUGCAACUAGAAAUUUUCGGGCAGAUUGUCUUCUUGGAGAAGGAGGAUUUGGUAGAGUAUACAAAGGGCGACUUGAGAACUCCAACCAGAUUGUUGCCAUCAAGCAACUUGAUCGCAAUGGGUUGCAAGGGAAUAGAGAAUUUCUAGUUGAAGUGUUGAUGUUGAGCUUGCUUCACCAUCCCAAUCUUGUUAAUCUUAUUGGUUAUUGUGCUGAUGGAGACCAGAGACUUCUUGUAUAUGAAUACAUGCCGUUGGGGUCCUUAGAGGACCACCUCUAUGAUGCUACACCAGAUAAAAAAUGGCUUGAUUGGAAUACAAGAAUGAAAAUUGCUGCUGGGGCAGCAAAGGGUUUAGAGCAUCUGCAUGAUAAAGCUAGCCCCCCAGUUAUAUAUCGUGAUCUAAAAUGCUCUAACAUUUUGCUUGGUGAGGGUUAUCAUCCAAAGCUAUCUGAUUUUGGUUUGGCUAAGCUUGGGCCUGUUGGUGAUAAUACUCAUGUAUCCACUAGGGUCAUGGGUACCUAUGGGUAUUGCGCACCUGAGUAUGCAAUGACAGGACAACUGACACUGAAAUCAGAUGUUUACAGCUUUGGUGUUGUACUUUUAGAGAUAAUAACUGGAAGGAAAGCAAUUGAGAAUUCCAAAACUGCAGGGGAGCAUAACCUGGUAGCUUGGGCAAGACCCUUGAUCAACGAUCGGAAGAAGUUCUCACAGAUGGCUGAUCCUAUGCUCCAAGGUCAGUAUCCAAUGAGAGGCUUGUACCAGGCACUUUCAGUAGCAGCUAUGUGUGUCCAAGAGCAGCCUAAUAUGCGCCCUGUGAUUGCUGAUGUAGUCACAGCUUUGUCUUACCUUGCUUCACAAAAAUAUAACCCUGCCCAAAGUUCACAAUGGGCUCCAGCCACUCCACCUAGGACAAAAAGAGAGGGUGAGAAGAGAGAACAUGGCGAUAAUGGAUAUGAAAAAAGAUCAAACUAGAUGCAGUAUUGAUAUUUUGCUGUUCUUUGUAACAUCAGAUUUCUGUAACACUACGGGAGAAGGCUGCUCUUAAAAGUAUAUAAUGCUAAUUCUACACGGAUUAAUUAGUGAUGCACCGCAGGUGGCCUAAUGCUUAUGGUGUUGAGAAAACAUGUUUAUUUGAUUUGCUUUUGGGAUGGACUAGGUUAGGCACUGUUUUCUUCAACCAAUAGGCGUUGGGUUCAAUUGUAAUCAAAGCCUUCUUCAAGUUUUUAUAACGCCUACCUUCAACGUUGUAAAACUGACUUGAGAAUGUACUAGUACGGGUAUGUAUGUAUGCACAUAUUCUGUUUUGUUACUGUUUCUUC